CCCCGGGGCUCGAAACACCUGCAGGAAGGGGAACGGCCAACGGGCAAGACCAACCGGGGCGGAAAACGAAAGCCGUCCCCGUCAUCCUCGCCGCCAAGACCAUGGCCGCGGAGAGCCCCGCCGAAAGUUUCCGUGAUGAAGCCUCCUGCACCAUCUGCCUGGGCUUCUUCCAAGACCCUGUCUCCAUCCACUGCGGGCACAACUUCUGCCGGGCGUGCAUCACCCGUUGCUGGGAGGAAGAGGAGGAGAAUUUCACCUGCCCUCGGUGCAAAGAAACGGCCCCGAGGAGAAACCUGAGACCCAACCGGGAAUUGGCAAAGAUCAUCGAGAUAGCCAAGCGGUUGAGCCUGCAGGCGGCCAAAGGAGGGGCAGGAGGGGAGAAGCUCUGCGAGAAGCACCAGGAAGCUCUGAAACUCUUCUGCGAGGAGGACCAGACCCCCAUCUGCUUGGUUUGCAGAGAGUCCCAGGCUCACCGGCUCCACGCCGUGGUCCCCAUCGAGGAGGCUGCGGAGGAGCACAAGGAGAAAUUCCAGGCUCACGUGCAGAUCCUGAAGGACAGGAGAGAAAAGCUGCUGGGGCUGAAAACGGCUGAGGAAGGGAAAAGCCUGAACUUCCUCGAACGAGUGGAAAUGGAGAGGCAGAAGGUCGUGUCUGAAGUCAAGGAGCUCCAUCAGUUCGUGGAGGGACAGGAACGUGUCCUCUUGGAUCGGUUGGCCAAGCUGGACCAGGAGAUCGUGAGGAGACAGGAGGAGAACAUCAACAGGCUCUUGGAGGAGAUCUCCUCCAUUGAUGAGCAGAUCCGUGAGCUGGAGGAGAAGUGUCAGCAGCCGGCGUGUGAAUUCCUGCAGGACAGCAGAAACAUCUUGAGCAGGCUUGAGAAGGACGUUGCCCAGAAGCCAGUAGAGACGUUGCCUGAGCUGGGAGAGAAAGCCACCGGUGUUCCUCAGAAAAACAUCGCCCUCAAAGAGACGCUGAUGAAAUUUCAAGUGAGUUUGACGCUGGAUCCCGAGACGGCGCAUCCCCGGCUCGUCCUGUCCGAGGAUCGGAAGCGUGUGAGAUGGGAAGACACCCGCCAACCCGUACCGGAUAACCCCAAGCGUUUCGACUCGUCUCGUUGCGUCCUGGGCCGCGAGGGUUUCAGCGCCGGGCGGCAUUACUGGGAGGUGGAGGUGGGCAACGGGGAAGCCUGGGCCGUUGGGGUGGCCAAGGAGUCGGUGAGGAGGAAGGGACGGAUCAGCGUCAACCCCAAGGUGGGGAUCUGGGCGGUGGGGCAGUGCGGGAGCCAGUACCAAGCUCUCACCUCUCCCACCAUCCCCAUCUCCUUGGUCGCUGCCCCCAAAGUGAUCGGGAUCUACCUGGACUACGAGGCGGGGCGAGUGGCGUUCUUUGACUCCAACAACGAGGCGCCCAUCUUCACCUAUCCCCCGACAUCCUUCGCGGGGGAGCGAAUCCUCCCCCUGCUCUGCCUGGGGAGGGGGUGCCAGUUCAUGCUCUCCCCUUGA